AUGGUGCUGUACCUGAUCGGCCUGGGGCUGUAUGAUGAGAGGGACAUCACGCUGCGCGGCCUCGACGCGGUGCGCGGCUGCGCGCGCAUCUACCUCGAAGCCUACACCUCCAUCCUGCUCUGCGACAAAUUGAGGCUCGAGGCCCUGUACGGCAAGCCCGUGGUGGUGGCAGACAGGGAGAUGGUCGAGAACGACGCAGAUCUGAUCUUGGAGGGAGCAGAUCAGAUCGACGUUGCUUUCCUCGUCGUGGGCGAUCCGUUCGGCGCCACGACGCACACCGACCUGCAACUGCGCGCGCGGGAGAGGGGGAUACCCGUCAGGGUCAUCCACAACGCGAGCGUGAUGAACGCAGUGGGGGCGUGCGGGCUGCAGCUGUACAAGUUUGGGGAGUCGGUGUCGAUAGUUUUCUUUACAGACACCUGGCGGCCAGACAGCUUCUACGACAAGAUCGCCGCUAACCGCAAGCUGGGCCUGCACACUCUGUGCCUGCUCGACAUCAAGGUGAAGGAACCGAACUUGGAAGCGCUCUGCCGCGGCAAGACGAUCUACGAGCCACCCAGGUACAUGAGCAUCAAAACCGCCCUGGAGCAGCUGCUCGAGAUCGAGGAGAAGCGGCGGGAGGGCGCGUACGACGCGGGCACCCUGGCCGUCGGCAUGGCGCGCGUCGGGGCGCCUGACCAGCGCGUGGUGGCGGGCGGCAUGCGGGAGCUGAUGGAGGUCGACUUUGGGGCGCCCCUGCACUGCCUUAUCAUAGCAGGGAACGUGCAUGUGGUGGAAGAGGAGAUUUUGGGAUACUACAGGAUCGGCCAGGCGGGGGCGGCGGCGGGCGCGGAGGGCGCGGCGGCGGCGGCGGGCGGCGGCGGGGCCAGCACGGCGGAGGCGCUGGCGGUCGGCGGCGGGGAGGGGUCGAGCUAG